AUGCUUCGUCAAGCCUUGCUUACGGCCGUGCCGCUCUUUUUAGCCACUGUCUUUUUGUUUUUCGUGGGCCUCUGGGCUGACAACUACCUGAGCAUAACCUACAAGGGCGUUGAUCAGUACAGAUACAAUGCUUGUGGAAACUUGCUAACGACCUACUACACGGGUUGUGGAGGCCAUGGUCACGGAGGCCUGUUUGGCUGUUACUGCACCAACCCAGUUUUGCUUUCGAGCUUUUUGGGCUGUUUUGACCGCUAUGGCUUGAGUGCCGAUGAGGCAGUAGAUUUAGUCCACAAAGAGUGCAACGACCCUGAAUUGACCAAGGGCAUGCUUCACCGGUCCUUGGAUACUUUCCACGAAAAGAGUGUUUUUGUUAACGUGACUGGCCGUACCGAUAUGGGCCACUUGACCCACGCCCAGAUGCUGGACCAUACUGCCAUGGGCAAUGAGUCUAUAAUUGUCGAUUUUGGCACCUACUUCCCAGACUUGUUUGUGAGAAUUUACACUGCCAAAAUGGGCAACCACGACAAAUCGCUUUUAUAUUCCAUUGGCGGCAUCGCUUUCUGGAUGGGCUUGUGCAUAAUUGCAACAAUUGCUAACUGGACCGCUCGUUUGGUUCCUAGCUCCAGAAAUCUCUUUGAUGGGACAUACUCCAGAGCAUGGAGGAAGUACGUGACGCUUCCAGCCUUGAUUGAUAGAAAGCGUAACCAGGAGCAGAAAUGCUGGACUGUUUUUGAUGGUCUCGUUCCCACCAGAUUCGAAUCCUUGGUCAAUUUGUCUUUCCUUGCAUACACUUUCAUCACACAGAUUGUCCAUGUUUACUACGUUGACGAUAAUCCUUUCUGGGACGGCAACAGAGCAUUGGCUUUUUAUGUUGGUGACAGAACGGGUAUUCCCAGUCUCAUUUGGACCCUUUUACUUAUAAUCUUCGGCGGUAGAAGCAACAUAUUACAAUGGCUCACCGGUUGGAAAUUUUCUACUUUCGUUAUGUACCACCGGUGGAUUGCCAGAAUCGUUGUUCUUCUUGCCGUUGCUCAUUCUAUCGCUUUCACAUACAACGAGCACAGAAGAGGAACCUACUAUAAUUCGAUCAAAAUGGACUUUCUCAUCUUCGGCAGCAUGGCUACCAUUGCAGGCUGUCUCAUGUGUUUCCAGGGCCUCUUAUGGUUGAGAAGAAAGAGCUACGAAGUGUUUCUUAUUAUCCACAUCAUUUUGGCCGCCUUCUGGAUCAUGGGUUGCUGGGUCCAUGUAGAGUGGUUCGGCUACACACCAUUCAUGAUUGGUGCUGCUUGUCUUUGGAUCGCCGACCGUGUGAUCAGAUUCCUCAGAAUGGGCUACUUUGGUUGCCCCAAAGCAACUGUUCUGGGGCACUGCUGGGUGUACUUUGGCUUUGGCUUGGCAUUCUGGCAAAAUCAUCCUUUCUGCUACUUUGAAUCCCCUGAUGGAGAAACCAUGACUUUCAUUUGUAAGGUCAAAGGAGGUCUCACUAAGAAGAUUGGCGACCACCUUCAGAAGCUUCCGGAAAAAUCGUGCCAGAUGAGGGUUGCAAUUGAAGGCUGCUACGGUGAGAUCUCUCCAGUAUCCAGACACAGCAGCAUUGUGUACUUGGCAGGUGGCCACGGCUUUCCAGGAGUAUUUUCUGAAGCUUCUCACGAAGUCGCUAGAUCCCCAGAAAAGCAAAGCAUUAAGCUCCACUGGAUCAUCAAGGACCUCAAGGCUUUGCUGGUGGUUUGGAAAGAACUUCAGAUUUUGGCCACCACAAAAAUCGAAACUACGAUAUAUGUGACCAGACCAGAAAGCACCAGAGCAGAAUUGGCUUUUCUCAAACAGGAGUCCUGUGAAUCGUCCAUUGAUGAAAAGGAGGAGACGCUGGCACACGUCACGGCGCUUUCAUGUUCAUCAUCUUCAGAAAAAGAGAGCAUAGAAGUGGACAUGAUAAUGCAAAAAGUCAAGGACUUCUUCCCUCACAUCACCUUCGUUCUAAAAAGACCAUUGAUAGACGACAUUAUCAGCAAUGAGAUCGAGGAGUCCACCGAAAGCGCAGCAUUUGUCACAUGUGGCCACCCUGCCAUGGUCGAUGACGUUAGAGCUGGUGUCGUCUCCAGAAUCGAUACUACAGAAAAAAGAAUAGAUUUCUUUGAACAGUUGCAAGUGUGGACAUAG